AAAAAUCCGAGAGAAACGAGGAUGUCAGGGCUACAUGUGUGGCUACUCACACAUGAGCGGCCACGCUGGGAAUCUAGCUAUGCAGCACGCCCUUAAAAAACUCAUCUUGGAAUGCGCUGUUAACCCGAACUGUUCGCCACGUGGCAGGAGAAGAAGAGAGGCGCCAACACAUAUAAGUCUCAGAGCUCUUUUACGGCAAGAAAAUCAAACAUCGUAA